UUGGCUAGUGAAAUAAAUCAAUCAUGCACCAGAAAUAAUAUUUAAACAAACUGAAAUGAUCUAAGCAGCGUCUAUUUAUGUAAGUAGGCUAUUCACGCUGUAACCGAUAUGUGUAUUUGUGAGUAAUUGAAACUGAAAGCAAAAUAUGUUGUCUCAUUCAUGAAAAUGGCAUCGAAAUAUCCAGAGGAAGAGGGUUCGGAAUACUUAUAUGAAAGUGCCUCAGAAUUAAGUGGCUCCGACUCUGAGACUGCCUCAGAUUCAGGCUCAUGUCACAGCUCGGACUCCAACUCCAGCAAAAGAACUGCCAAACGUAACAUUUGUAGGUACUACAAUGAUGGUCACUGUCGGCAUGGAGACAAGUGUCGAAACGAACACAUAUGCAAGUACUACGUGAAUGACUCCUGCCGCUAUGGUGCUGGAUGCAGACUAAACCACAAUCCUAGAUCACAUGGAUCACCUGGACCAAAUGAACCUAGAGAGAGCAAAAGCUUUGGUGGACGGCAUAGAAGAAAGUGUAGUCCCCCAUCUGAAGACAGUGAUGAAGACGAUAGCAGAGCCUACAGAUGGCAGUUGGAUUUAGGAGAUGGCUGGGAGGACAUUGCCAAUGAUCACAUACUGGAGGCUCAGUAUUCACGACCCAACACCAAAGGAAUCAGGAUCUAUAACACCCGCGCUGGAGCUAUCUCGAUUGAUUUCACCAAGAUGAGAGUUCUUAAAAAAAGGAAAAUUAAAGUCAGACGUAAAGGAUCGAAACAGACAGAGUGGCUGUGGUAUUACCGUGGUGACCAUGGCUGGUAUCAGUAUGGAGAAAAGGGUCCGAAGGGCAAAGCCAGUCCGAUUCAGAGUUCAAAACUGGAGAAGGAAUAUGAAAAAAACCUGCAGGGUUCUGUUCAGUUCUCCAUUGACUCCCACACAUAUGAGAUUAGCUUCAAAGGAAUGUAUCAGAAAAAUGUAUCUACAGACCUUAAGAGACGGGUUAGGAGGCGUCCGAAAUAUGAACCUUCUCAAACUGGAGAAUUGAUCUCAGUUUUCAAGAAGUUGAUGGCUCCUGUAAAUAAAACACCAGUUUGGCAGUUUGAAGGGAGGAAGGGUAAAUGGCACACCUUCAAAAACACGGGUGGAUGUUCAGUCUCAAGUGAUGACAUCGAGAAGUGUUUCCAAAAGCAACAAAACACAAUGACCUUCACUAUUAAUGAUGACAAUUACACACUGAAUUUUGCAAGGAUGAAUCAAGUGAACAACAGAACAAAUGCCAAACGGAAGAUCCAGCGCACUUAACAAUGAUGCAUCCAGACAUCAAGUUAAUCGAAUUUAGCGUGGAGGGGGUUAUGAUUUAGGAUGUUUUAUUUAGAAUAACUAUGUUGAAAACGUAUAAUGCAGUUAUGUUUACAAAUAGUUAUUAUUAUUAUUAAUUAAUAUGACGUGUACCUGAAACAAACAUACACAUUUUAUCUUUCCAGUGUAAUUUGUGUAUAAUGAGAAACAAUGUUCUUUUUUAAUCAUAUGUUUACUACACAAUGUUCCAGUUGAACAUUUGUCAGCCAUUUAUACAGUUUUUAAAAUCAUCAACUACCUGUUGUAAACUGCCAGAGAUUCAGUGUCUACACAUUUCUGUUCAUUUUGUGAGUCAUGAGUCCUUAUCUUUCCAUUCAUUGUACACAUACUUAAAGGGGGUGGUUUCUUAGCAUCAGCAUGUCCACAACAGUGCUUAACACUGUCAAAAUCCACUUAGGAAAAAUAACAGAAGAUCUCCAGUCUUUACAGGGUUAGACAUAAUAAUUUGAAUAGGUAAUAUGUUGUUAUAUAUUAAGAUUUAGACAUUGAAGAGGCUAAAUACAGAACAAUGGAGACCUUUUGCUAAUUUUUAUUUUUUCUCUCUCGUUUGUUGUCAGGUGUUGUUCUCCUAAGCUGUUUUAGAACAAAAGUUGAAUCAAGUGACAGGUUAAAGGGACUUUAUUAUUUAUGCAAUGAGAGAGUGCCCUGUGAACAAUGUCCUGAAGACAAUCAUGUGACGAUCGGUUGUUUGAAAGCAUUUUUAAUGGGUUUUUAGAUCUUACAAACUGAACUUUGUUUAACUCAGGGGUGUGAGCCUUAUGUAAAUCUGUACUGUAAUGAUCAGGGCCUUUCUAUAUGCCUUAGGAUAAGGUUAU